AUGAGUGUCUCCCACGGUAUUUACCAAUUACUCUUUCUAGCUCUUUUAGCCACGGCGUGGAGAAUAUAUUCGAAUCGGUUCCGUCACCCUCUUAGUCAUUACCCGGGUCCUUUCUUCUGGACAAUUUCAAGAUUGCCUUACGCGGUGACCUACGCCCAAGGCACACUACAUAGGCGGGUCCGACAGCUCCAUGAUGUGUACGGGGAUGUCGUCCGUGUUGCUCCAGAUGAAUUAAGCUAUCGAACCGAGCAAGCGUGGAAAGACAUCCAUGGCUACUCGCGGAACUUCCCCAAAGACAUGCGGUUCUAUCAAACGUCCAAAAAUAAAGCCCCAAGUGUUGUUGUCGCUCCAGAUGGCGUCCACGGUCGGCAGAAGCGAGCAAUUCUCCGGGCAUUCUCAGAGCCCGCGAUGAAGUCUCAUGAGCACCUUCUGAGGCCCUUUGUUGAUUCUCUCAUUCAAAAGCUCCAGCAUACCAGUACAAGUACGGACGGUGGUGUCGUGGACCUGACAGAAUGGUAUAACUAUAUCAUGUUCGAUUUAAUGGCCUAUGAGCUCUUUGGCCAGUCUCUCGGCUGCCUUGAAAAUGGAACGAACCACCCGUGGGUGGACAUGCUAUUCGGGUCGAUCAAGGUAUGGGCUUUUCUCAGUCAGUCCAAGUACUUUCCAGCCCUUUCCUGGAUUAUCAAAGCCGCAGUGCGACUUUUCUGUCGCGAUCUUCUCAACCAUCGGAGCAAAAAGUUAGGUUGCAUCGCCUCUAAGAUUCCUGAGGGAGAGGGAUCGGACUCGAGCUCGCCAACAUUUAGCAGUUGUCUCCGAGCUAACAAAGGCCCUCACUCGACCCUUUCCACAGAGGAGGUCUUGUCCAAUCACAGCUUCAUAAUGAUGGCAGGUAGUGAAACUACCGCAACUCUGUUGUCUGGCUGCACAUUCUUUCUCCUGAAGCAUCCGCUGGUGUACAGGAAGCUUACGUUCCAAAUCCGGAACCGUUUCUCCUCGCCGGCAGAGAUGACAUUCUCGUCUCUAGCGAAUGUGGCAUACCUGAGGGCCGUGCUCCAAGAAGCAUUGCGGAUGUAUCCGCCGCUACCGCUCGGCAUGCCGCGCGUUGUACCGCUUGGGGGAGCUAUAAUUUCGGGCCAAUUCGUGCCAGAGAAGACAUCCGUUGCUGUCGCUUCGUGGGCGACCUACCGGUCCUCAUCCAAUUUCAACGCCCCUGAAAUGUUUCUUCCGGACCGCUGGCUUGAUGACGGCCUUGGUGAUAACGAUGUUAAAGGUGCUAUGCAGCCCUUUUCGGUGGGCCCACGAGCGUGUCCGGGAAAAAAUCUGGCCUUUGGGGAGGCCAGUUUAGUCCUUGCGCGGUUGAUAUGGGCGUUUGAUUUAGAGUUGUCAGCACAAUGCUCCAGCUGGGCAAAUCAACGGGCCUAUAUUAUCUGGGAAAAGGGCCCGCUUCUGAUCAAACUGACGCCGCGCAUUUAA